UUUACACUCGGCUUGCUUUCCUUGAUGGUUCAAUAAGACAAUAACGCCGUGACAGGUGCUCUUUCCCACCCUGCACUUUGAAGGAAAAAAUACAUGCAAGGGGAACCAAUUUAUUUAAUAUUACUUGCAUUUUUGUUUUUAAUUUGUUGUCUUUGUAUGCUUUCCAAGAGCAUCAAUCAAAUAUAUUUUAAAUCUAAUCGUACUUUCUCUGAGAUGGAAAUGAGAUGUUGCCCAACAACGGUGAUGUGCUGUGCUCUUGCGGUUCUCUUCUCCAUCGCUUGUUCCGUGGAUGCUUCGUUCGGGGACAGACAGUACCUCAACGAAUGGGCGGUGGAGAUUCCCGGAGGACCGGACGCCGCCAGGUCCAUCGCCAAAGAACUGGACUACCGAGUCGUCCGCCAGAUUGGGGCGCUAGAAAACCAUUACUUGUUCAAACACCAGUCUCAUCCUAGCAGGAUGAAACGAAGUGCCGAUCACAUCACCAAACGCCUGUCCGAGGAUGAUCGGGUAUCGUGGGCGGAGCAACAAUAUGAGAAGCGGCGCAGUAAGCGGGCGUCACUGGGGUCAUGCCGGGACUGUCCGGUGGACAAGCUGUUCAAUGACCCUAUGUGGAACCAGCAGUGGUACCUGCAAGACACUCGGACGUCGUCCUCCCUGCCCAAGCUGGACCUCCACGUGAUCCCUGUGUGGAAGAAAGGGCUCACAGGAAAAGGAGUGGUCAUCACCGUGCUGGACGACGGUCUGGAGUGGAACCACACUGACAUCUACCCCAACUAUGACGCAGCAGCCAGCUACGAUUUCAAUGACAACGACCCUGACCCCUUCCCCAGAUACGACUCCACAAAUGAGAACAAGCACGGGACCAGGUGUGCCGGUGAGAUCGCCAUGCAGGCAGAUAACAAUAAAUGUGGAGUCGGGGUGGCGUACAACUCCAAGGUUGGAGGGAUCCGCAUGUUGGACGGUAUCGUGACGGACGCCAUCGAGGCCAGUUCUAUUGGCUUCAAUCCGGACCACGUGGACAUCUACAGUGCCAGCUGGGGACCCAACGACGAUGGCAAGACGGUGGAGGGCCCCGGUCGCCUUGCGUCAAAGGCCUUUGAGUACGGCAUCCAGAAGGGCCGGGGAGGGAAGGGCUCUAUCUUCGUGUGGGCGUCGGGGAACGGGGGCCGCCAGGGGGACAACUGCGACUGCGACGGCUACACAGACAGCAUCUACACCAUCUCCAUCAGCAGUGCCUCCCAGCAGGGCCUGUCCCCCUGGUACGCUGAGAAGUGCUCCUCCACCCUGGCCACCGCCUACAGCAGCGGAGACUACACCGACCAGAGAAUAACCAGUGCUGAUUUGCAUAAUGAAUGCACAGAGACACACACGGGAACCUCUGCCUCCGCCCCACUGGCUGCUGGGAUAUUUGCCCUGGCACUGGAACAAAACCCUGAGCUGACAUGGAGGGAUCUGCAGCACUUGGUGGUGUGGACGUCUGAGUUCGACCCGCUGGCCAACAACCCCGGCUGGAAGAGGAAUGGGGCAGGCCUGAUGGUCAACAGUCGUUUUGGGUUCGGCCUGCUCAACGCCAAGGCCCUGGUGGACCUGGCCGACCCAGCCACCUGGAAACACGUCCCCGAAAAGAAACAGUGCAUAAUCAGGGACGACUCCUUCCAGCCCAGGGCAUUGAAAGCAGCAGGAGAGAUCACCAUUGAGAUCCCCACCAAGGCCUGUGCCGGCCAGGACAACACUGUCCUCUCACUGGAGCAUGUGCAAGUGGAGGCCAGCAUCGAGUACACCAGGAGAGGAGACCUACACAUCACGCUCACAUCCCCAACAGGCACUAGCACGGUCCUGCUGGCAGAGAGAGAGAGGGACAUGUCAUCUAACGGCUUCAGGAACUGGGACUUCAUGUCUGUUCACACCUGGGGAGAGGACCCCACUGGCACCUGGACCAUCAAGAUCACUGACAUGUCCGGGCGGAUGGAGAACGAAGGUCAGAUCCUGACCUGGAAGUUGAUUCUCCAUGGCACGUCAGAGAAGCCCGAGCACAUGAAGAAACCCAGAGUGUACGUCCCCUACAAUGCUGUCCAGAAUGACCGUAGAGGAGUAGAGCACAUGGACGACAUGAUAGGGGAACUGCCCACCCAGGUUGAGGCCCACCCACCCCAGAAGACCCAACCCCCUCCUUCAGCUACCCCCGAGAGGAAGCAGACGAGGCCCUCCUCCCCACCCCUGUCCCCCUCCCUGGCCCUCCUGCGUCUCCUCCAGACGGCCUUCAACCGGCAGACCCCCUCCCUUCCAGGGGGAGCAGGCCCUCGCAUCGCUCCACAGAAGCUGUACCAGGCCCUGGACAGGAUCAACCAGUACCAGCGGACCGGGCAGGAUGACAGCCUUUACAGCGACUACAGUGACGGCUUCUACAGCGCCAAGCCCUACAGGCACAGAGACGACCGGCUGCUGCAGGCGCUCUUCAACAUGCUCUCUGACGACAGGCAAUGAGGUGGGAGAAGGGGGGGGUAAGGCAUGGGGUGGAACUCAGUGUGUGCAGGCUUUUGUUCCAACCCCAACAUAUCCAGCCCUGUAUCCUAACUCAAGUUAGGAUUCAGGGCCGAUUGAACUAAUCAUGGUCUACAUUGAAGACUGUGCUUAGUUAACUACCGGUAGUUGAAUCAGGUGUGUUAGUGCUGGGCUCGAGCCUACACAGCCCUGCGGUUCUCCUUGGUCAAGAUUGGCCACCCCGGGGUAAGGGGUGAGAGAGAUAGGGUGAGGAGGUGGGGGCAGGGCAUGGAAGGAGCAUGAGAGAGAGGGGGAGAGUGAAAGCCAGAGAGAAACUCUUCCAGCCAAUUGUGUUGUUGUUUUUCCAAAACGCUCCUUUUCUUACCUUGCAGCAUUCUAGUCUGUCUGUCUUUCAUUCUGCACAGUUGUAGGUCGGUUGCAGCUCAAUUCCCGCAAGUUCCCCCCCUUCUGAUGUAGUUAAACCUAGCUAGCCCAUAGACCCCCGCCAUUUUGUUUCAGUCUUCUCAGAUCAGUAUGCAUGAAAGAAAAGAGGCAAGGAAAGGGAGCCCAUAAAGAAUACUUAGAUUAAUCUAGGAUUCCAUUCUACCCCCCUCCUCCAGCCAUCUAUCCACCAUCAUUCCAUCCCCCUCCUCCAGCCAUCUAUCUACCACCAUUCCACCCCCCUCCUCCAGCCAUCUAUCCACCUUAUCCACCAUUGUUCCACCCCAUCCUCCAGCCAUCUUUCCAUCAUCAUUCCACCCCCCCUUCCUCCAGCCAUCUUUCCACCUCUGGAUGGGUCCUAAUAGUCUUAAAGGGACACUUCACUUCAAAACAAAAGUUAGUAAGAUCUUUUCAGCCCUCAAAAGUGGUCUGGUGUCGAGAUGAGUCCACGUACCAGGACAUAUGUUUUUUAGAUCCAACUGUAUGCCUCAACCCCAAAUUAAUGAAAAAUAUAGGCACUGAAUAAAAUGAGGAAAUUAAUUUCCAUUAAUUCCAGAUUAAGGAAAUGUAUUUCCAUUUAUUUGGGAUUAAGGCAUAUACAUGUAGUUGGAUCUACACAAGAUUUGACGCGGGACAUAGACUCAUCUGUACAUUACUUUUUGGGUCUAAAAACGUCAGACAAACCUUGAUUUUUGAGUGAACGGUCCCAAGUGACAGUGAGAACAAUAUUAAUAAUAAUAAUUUUAUAUAUUUAGUAUAUAAAUUAUAUUGUGAGGCUCUAUUUAUCACCUUUACCUAUCAGUGGUAUUGAAAGAAAGGAGACAAGAGAAGCAGACAAGAGAAGGAGAAGAGAAGGAGAUGAGGAAAUAACAUUUUAAAAACAUUACAAUGAUUGUAAUGUUGUUUUUAAAUAUACUUGACCUCUAAAAUAUCCACCUCUCUAAACUCCAACUCUGAAAUAUCUAUUUAAGAUUUAUAUUUUGACAUAUUUAUUUUGUCAUAUAUUUGUUUUCUGUAAGAAUAGAAGUACUCACUGUGCUACUGUAUCUUAAGCCCAAAUCCUAAUCUGGGGUAUAUGAUUUUAACAUAUAUGCACAAUUUCAAGUUAGGCUUCCGACUAUACUUUAAUAUGCAUGAAAAAUGCAGUCCCACUACUGAUUGUUUUUCAAACUGAAAGCUCAAAGAUAUUGAUAUAUGGCAUAUUUUUCUCAGGGUGUCAACAAAGCAUUGGAGAGUUUGAGAAUGGCAGUCUUUUACCCGGUUCUCUUGAGAAAAAAAUAAGUAGUAAAAUUCACUCCUUGGGGGAAAUUCUUUGAAUAUUUAUUUAAACAACAACAUACAGUAUAAAACAAAAGAAAUUGGGACGAUAACUGACCAAGAAUCAAUUGGUUGUGUCAUUUUUAUGGAUGUUAUUCGACUUUCAAGAUAUAUAUACAGUAUCUCACAAAAGUGAGUACACCCCUCACAUUUUUGUAAAUAUUUGAGUA